CCUAAGAAUAUUUCUUGGUUCUAGAGGGCGUGCUUUAUAGUUCUGGUCUCAGAACACAGAAAAUGUGAAUUAGCGAUACUGGAUUACAGAAGAUCCAUACCUGUGCAUAGACAACGCUGAUUAAUGGUCAUGUGUGCAUUUCUCUGAACAGUGGUUUUCCUGUUUCAACUAAAGUAAGCACUUACUAGUACCAACUAACAACGCACAAGACAAGAUCAGAACAGAACUUGAGAGACCAUGGACACAGAGGAAGUGACUUCGGUAGAGAUGAGAGAACUCACUCUGGCAGACGUACAAGAAGAUAAGGCUGCAGAGAAAGGCCAGAUUAAAGGGACAAAAGAAAAAGCACAAGAAGAAGAAGGAGAAACUAAUGCAUACUUCAAAGUCAGCAAUAUAUCAGAAAGUUUUUCUACAGCUGCGCUGAUCAGAUCCACUCCAAAACAAGACAAAGAUGUUUACAAGAAACUUUAUCUGUUCAAGUGGAUUUCGGCUGUUUUCAUCGUUCUUACUUUGGUCUUACUGGCUGUGGUUCUUGCUCUGGUUGUAAAGUUAUAUGAACCUCAGUCCUGCCAGAAUUGUGAUGCUCUCUCCCUUAAAACAGAGAGAAUACCUUACACCUCAAACCAAGAGUAUCAGUGCUCUGAGUGUCCUAAGGACUGGGUUAGAGUUAACAACUCCUGCUACUUCUUAGCGAAGGAGCGUCUUAGCUGGCAGGAGAGCAGGAAGUCAUGUCAGAAACAGGGUGGAGACCUGGCGGUCAUUGACAAUGAAAGCGAGCAGAGACUUCUAUCUCGCAUUCGGGGCCUGCUGUACUGGAUUGGACUGCAGUAUUCCGAAAAUAAGCAGUGGAUGUGGGUUAACAAUAACGCACUAACCAAGAACUACUGGGCCCAGGACCAGCCAGUGUUGGACCCUCAAGGCACCUGCACAAUGCUGAAAGGACAGAUGCCAUACACGAACAACUGGCACUCAAACCCCUGUACCGCGACCGCACAUUACAUAUGCCAGAUUUCUUUAUUGAAGAAAAAGUAACCAUUACACCACCUAAAGUAUAUCCACUUCAUUUACUUUUAAUAUAAUCAUUUUACUCUAUUACAUGUCUUUUACAAAUGAAGUUUAUAAACAGUAACAAAUACAGAAUCAGCACACAAAAACAAUCAAGUAGACAGACUGAGAAAAUAAGACAUCUUAAGUGUAUUCAUAGAAAGUGACUUUGUGCGCAUAUUACUUGUAAAUUCUAAGGCUUUCAAUUGCACUCAUAUGAAAUUGCUUUGCACUUGUUUCUUUGAAACCUUAUUUGCACUAAAAACCUAUGAAGAAUGUAUUAUAAAACUAAAUGUAUACCUAUAUACUGUAGCUGCCAUUAAAUCAGUAGUGAGACAUCAUUGUCUUCAAAGUGAUUCAAUUUAAAAUUCUACUGUUUAAUUUUCAAAUUUGUAAUUCACCCUUUUCUAACCCACAUAAUUUCUAUGUGAUG